UGAAGGCCUUAGACGCUCUUAUGAGGGCAGCAGAGAUGUGCAUGCACCGCCUGCAUCUCCCUGCAGCAGCAACAGCAGCAGCAACGACGGCUGCUGCAACAGCAACAGCAACUGCAGCAGCAGCAGCAGCAGCAGAUCUGUGUCUCCCGUCCUCAGGUGUAUUCAACGCGCAGCAGCAGCUGCUGUCGCUGCUGCCUGUAGCAGCAGCAGCAUGUAGGGGUGCUGCCUGUGCUGUAUACACGAACAAAAAUACAGCGUUGCUGCUGCUGCAGCAGCAGCAGCAACUUGCCUUCCCCCAAAUAGCCAUCAGGUUGCUGCUGCCGCUGCUCCGCAGAGCAACAGCAGCAGAAGCAGCAGCAGCAGCAACUACUGCUGCAGCAGCAGAAGCGCAAUCCUCUGCUGCUUGGCAGGCAGCUGCAGAAGCAAUCGUUCUCUCACACAGUGUGUCAGCAGCAACAGCAGCAGCAGCAACAGCAGCAGCAGCAGCAGCAAAUGCAGGAGAGGUAGAGUUGCUGCUGCAGCGAUGGUGCUGCUGUGCCUUUGCCUUAGGACAGCUCGGCCGCCUUUGGAGGCGCUUCCAUGCAGACACAGCAGCAGCAGCAGCAGCAGCAGCAGCAGCAGCAACAGCAACAGCAGCAGCGGGAGCAGGAGAAGCAAGAGCAACUGCAGCAGCAGCAGGUACUGGAGCAGCGGAAGCAGCAGCAGCAGGUACUGGAGCAGCGGAAGCAGCAGCAGCAGCAAAAAGUGUGCUGCCUCCUGCAACACAAACUGCCCUCUCUGAGGUCCUGCUGCAGCUCAUUAGAGAGAUGCCUUUGCUGCUGCAGCAACUGCAGCAGCAGCAGCAGCAGCAGAAGCAACUGCAGCAGCUGCAGUUCCCUUCAUCGCUUUUACCUGACUUGCUGCAGGUCUUCCUCAGCAGUAGCAGCAGCAGCAGCAAUAAGAUCGCUGCUGCUGCUGCUGCUGCACCGCAGCUGUUUGUCCUCCCGCAGCAGCAAGCAGCAGACGCAGCUGCUCAUAUCGUGCAGGCGCUGCUGCUGCUGCAGCAGCAGCAACAGCAGCAGCAACGGGAGUGCAUCUGGCUGCCGCAGUGUACAGACACCCUGCGGCAAACUGUUGCUUCCCCUGAAUUGCUGCAGGCCUUAGUUAGCAGCAGCAGCAGCAGCAGCAGCAGUGUAGAAGCAGCGUGCUGCUCAGCUGCUGCUGCGCUGCUGGAGGAGCAAAUACAUGGGUGGGAGUUCCCGUCUGCUGCUGCUGCUGCGCUGCUGCUGCAGUUGCUGCAGUCAUUGAAUGCUGCUGCACGGGAGCAGCUCAAGCAGCAGCUGAAGGCAGCAGCAGCAGCAGCAGCAGCAGCAGCGGAGUGCUGUGAAGGCAGGCCGGGUGCAGCAGUAAGUGCUGCUGCUGUUACACCGGAGGGCUGGGCAGCAGCAGCAGCACUUGUUGCUGCAGCAGACUGCAGCAACAAGUUAGAUAUGCAGGAGGCCUUAGCCUUCUUACGGGAUGUGCUGCAGCAGCAGCAGCUAGGGAGCAGCAGCAGCAGCAGCAGCAGCAGAUGUGCAGCAGAGCGGCAAUGUCUUACUGCUGCUUUCGUCUGGAGGGCUUCUGUUGUCUUCCUUUGUAAAACAGCAGCGACAGCAGCAACAGCAGCAACAGCAGCAGCAGCAGCAGAUGGUGCUGCUGUAUCACCAGAUGAGGCGCUGCGGCUAGCGGUCGAUGCAGCAGCAGCAGCAGCAGCAGCAGGAACAGCAGCAACAGCAGACCAGAAGCAAGCAGCGGCAGCAAAGGAGGGCAUGUUGCUGCUGCUGCUGUGCGGAUUAACAGUAGGGGCUGUUGAGGAGAGCAGCAGCAGCAGCAGCAAGAGGCGUCGUACAGGGAAGCGCAUGCAUGCAGCAGCAGCUUCGGAUGCUGCUGCUGCAGCGCCAACGGCAGCAAGCCAAGAGGUGCGCGGUGUUCUCUGCUACCUGCUGCAGCAGCAACAAAACCAGCAGCAGCAGCAGCAGCACCGGAUGGUGCUGCUGCGGCUGCUGCUGCAGCAGCUGCUGUCAUCAGCAGCAGAAGACUUUAAGGAGACAAAUUGUGAAUUUGCUGCAGUUGCGCCGCUGCGUAUAAAGGCGCUUGUCUCUGCUGCUGCUGCUGCUGCUGCUGCUGCUGCUGCGCCUGCUGCUGCUGCUGAGGGAGAAGCUGCUGAGGAGGAAUAUAGGCCUUCUUCCUUUUAUGUGCUGCAGUUGCUGCUGCAGUGUCUUGCAGCACCGGAAGCAGCAGGAGGUUCUGCAGCUGCUGUUGCUGCUGCUGCGUCUCCUGCAGCUGCUGCACUGUGUCUUGCUGCUGCAGCAGACUACGGAGUACUGUAUUCUCCUGCUGCUGAUCCUGCAGCAGCAGCAACAACAACAACAGAUAGGCUGAUCGGGCAAGGCAUAAGAGAUACAGAGUUGCUGCUGCAGCAAUCCCUUGAAUUCUCCGAAGCAGCAGAAGCAGCAGCAGCAACAGCAGCAACAGCAGCAAC